AUGGUUAUUGAGGCGGUUGAGAAGGAUGCGAGCGAAGAUCUUCCCGGCGAUGUUCAGCAAGGAGAUGCCACGGUGAUUGUCGCAGACUUGGCGGUUCCCUUUUCGCUUGUAUAGGUGCACGAUGGUUGCGUCCUUGAAAUCUUGCGGGACUUCACCUUGACGCCACAUCUCCUGGAAGAGCACAGUCAGGUGAUCCAUCAGAUGGGGACCUCCGUGCUUGUAGACCUCGACAGGGAUUGCGUCCGAUUCGGGUGCUUUCCCGCUGGAGAGCUGCUGCACGGCCCUGAUGGUCUCCUGGAGAGAUGGCGGGAGGUCGAGGUCCACGUUGGUCUCUACUUGUGA